AUGGCCUGGAACAGCUACACCGCCCGCACGUUCAUCGAGGAUCUCGUCCUCCAGCCGCCCGUUCUCAGGUCGGGCGGUUCGGGCGAGCUGUCAAACACGCUCGAGCUCGCUCUGCGCCAGUACCGCAUGUCGGUGCUCGAGGCGUUCGGCCCCGUCGAGUCGCAGCAGGAGCUCGUGUGGGACCGCAUGCGCUCGCAGGAGUACAAUCCGCGCGGUACGAGGGCGAGCGGAAUGAGGUUGGCGGUCGCGGCGGCCAAGCGGAUCCAGGACGGCGUCGAGCACGGUCACGAGUACGCCGCAAAGGAGCUGCGCCGCGACGCCGAGCAGAUCCUGGCCCUCGUCCGACGGGCGAGCCCGGCCGUCGUCGAGCGCUCGCCGUCGACCUCAGACGACAGCAAGGACGCCUCGCCAGCGUGGCUCGCACAGGCGUCGGAAAGCCUCGCCGAGUUCCGCCAGAUCCUCGCAGAGCCAGAGCGUGCGCCGGGCGAGGUCCCGCCGCUCGAGGUGGCGGCCGCGUGGCGGGACCUGGUUGCGUGCGCCUCACGCGACGUCGUCCUGUCAGUCUGGACGCAGAUGGAGCAGAUCAAGUACGGCAACGCGACGCUCGCGAGCCUGGUGCGAGCGUGGGCCGUCGUCGCGCACAAGGCGUGCGUUGCGAGCAUGCACGGCGGCGACGCAGCGGCGUCGGCGCUGCAGAUCGACGCCGCCAAGCAGGUGAUCCAGGAGCUCGUCGUGCGCCCCAUCUCGUCCUCCUCGUGCCAGCGCGGGACAGACGUCUGA